AUGACGACCAAGUCCCCCUUCAAAGUCAUAAUCGUGGGCGGAUCGAUCGCCGGGCUCACCCUCGCCCACUGCCUCAGCAAAGCAGGCAUUGACUACAUCGUUCUCGAAAAGCGGAAGCAGAUUGCGCCGCAGCAGGGCGCGUCUAUCGGUAUUUUUCCACAUGGGGGCCGGAUUUUGCAGCAGUUGGGGAUAUUCUAUUUGGUUGAGGAGCAGAUUGAACCAUUGCACACGGCGCAUCAGUGCUUCCCUGAUGGCUUUACGCAUACCACUAAGGCCCCACGGAUUAUUCAUGAGCGCUUUGGUCUGCCUCUCGCUUUCCUAGAGCGGAGACGAAUGCUCAGAGUGCUUUAUGACACACUUCCCGAUUCGUCCCGAGUUCUGGUGGACAAGGCUGUCAUUUCCGUGGAGCGGGAGGAUUCAGACCUAAUGAGGGUCACGACCCACGAUGGAAAUGUAUAUCAUGGCAAUCUGGUUGUCGGUGCUGAUGGUGUGCACAGUCGAGUGCGCGCCGAAAUGUGGCGGCUGGCCAAUUCGCAAAGUCCAGCUGCAUUCCCUGAGCAUGAAAUGAGCUCGAUGACAGUCGAGUUUGCCUGCGUUUUCGGGAUCUCGUCUUCCGUCCCCAAGCUGAAAGCAGGCGAGCAAGUGGCCAGCUUCAACAAUGGUAGAUCGUACCUCACAUUUCCCGGGAAAAACGCUAGAAUCUUUUGGUUCCUCCUGCUGAAGCUCGACCGGAAAUACUCGUACUCCAAUGCUCCGCGUUUCUCCUCCACAGACGCCGAGAAGAUAUCUGAGCGGUUUGCCGAUGACCACAUCUGGGACGGAGUGUAUUUCCGAGACAUAUGGAAGAAUAGAGAGGUGUUCUCCUUCGUGAACCUUGAGGAAAAUGUGUUUCGAAAAUGGCAUUGGGAACGGAUCGUCUGCAUUGGUGACAGCAUGCACAAAAUGGCCCCCAAUACAGGCCAAGGGGCCAACUCCGCCAUUGAAGACGCCGCUGCCCUUGUGAAUUGCCUCCACCGGGCUCUUAGAGCAACGCCUGAUGGUUCUACCUUAUCAUCGGCUGAAAUAGAUGGUCUCCUGGCAGAAUUCAAUCGAACCCAAUUUCGCCGGGUACGUGGAAUCUACAAAGGAGCCAGAAUGGUUGUUAGAUUGCAGGCAAGGCAGAACCUGUUCCUCAGGUUGCUCGGACGCUACUACCUUCCCUACGCCGGCGAUGUCUCAGCGAACGCGGCGUCCAAGAUAAUCGCUGGAGCUGAGUACCUGGACUUUUUACCGCUUGCUACCCGCUCAGGGGCCGGAUGGUAUCGAUUCAAGCCAGGUCAGAGUGGAACUGCCUUGAUACCGUGCUUGUAUCCGGUUUUGGCCCUUACGCUGUGUGUCCUUGCUUGGAUCGGGAAUGAUUUUGUCCGAAAUAGAGUUGUGUUUGCUUGA